CGCGCGGGCGCCUGAGGAGGGAGCGCGGGAGGGAGGGAGCGCGCGCUCCAAGAUGGCGGCGGCGGGGCCCGAGUCGGGCGGCAGCAGCGGCAGCAGCGGAGGCCUGGCGGGAUCAUCUACAUUCAAGAAAUCACUCACCCCUGAGAUGCCAGGGGGUUCUGGGCAGCCAGGCUCACAGACGAUAAAGAAGGGGCACAGAGGAGUGGACUCCACUGGUGAGACGACCUACAAAAAGACGACAUCAUCUGCCUUGAAAGGUGCCAUUCAGCUGGGCAUUACACACACUGUGGGCAGCUUGAGCACCAAACCUGAAAGAGAUGUUCUCAUGCAAGAUUUCUACGUGGUAGAAAGUAUUUUCUUCCCAAGUGAGGGGAGUAACCUGACCCCAGCUCAUCACUACAACGACUUUCGGUUCAAGACUUACGCCCCGGUGGCCUUUCGCUAUUUCCGGGAGCUCUUUGGGAUCCGGCCGGACGAUUACCUGUACUCGCUCUGCAACGAGCCCCUCAUUGAACUGUCCAACUCUGGGGCCAGUGGGUCCCUCUUCUACGUGUCCAGCGACGACGAGUUCAUCAUCAAAACGGUUCAGCACAAAGAGGCUGAGUUCCUACAGAAGCUGCUGCCUGGCUACUACAUGAAUCUGAACCAGAACCCAAGGACGCUGCUGCCAAAGUUUUAUGGAUUAUACUGUGUCCAGGCUGGAGGCAAAAACAUCCGAAUCGUGGUGAUGAACAACCUGCUGCCUCGCUCCGUCAAAAUGCACCUCAAGUACGACCUGAAGGGCUCCACCUACAAACGCAGGGCGUCCCAGAAGGAGAGGGAGAAGGUCUUCCCCACCUACAAGGACUUGGAUUUUAUGCAGGACAUCCCUGAUGGCCUCUUCUUAGACUCUGACAUGUAUAAUGCUCUGUGCAAAACGUUACAGAGAGACUGUUUGGUCCUGCAGAGCUUUAAAAUCAUGGACUACAGUUUGCUGGUGGCCAUCCACAACAUGGACCUGGCUCAGAGGGAGCACGCGAUGGCCGACGGGACGUCCCAGGCCGACACGCGCCGGCCCGCGGCACAGAAGGCGCUUUACUCCACGGCCAUGGAGUCCAUCCAGGGAGGGGCCCGAAGGGGGGGCACCAUAGAAACAGAUGACCAGAUGGGAGGCAUCCCUGCCCGCAAUGCCAAGGGGGAGAGGCUGCUGCUCUACGUUGGCAUCAUCGAUGUGUUGCAGUCCUACAGAUUUGUCAAGAAGCUGGAGCACUCUUGGAAGGCCCUUGUACAUGAUGGGGACACCGUGUCUGUGCACAGACCCAGCUUCUACGCCGAGAGGUUCCAACGGUUCAUGUGCAACACAGUGUUCAAGAAAAUACCAUUAAAGCCUUCCCCCUCGAAGAAGAGCCGGUGUGGCACGGUGGUGCCGCGGCGGAGCUGCCAGGGAGUGCCCUCCCAGCUACACGUGUCCUGCGAGACAAAAGCACAAGUAACGACAGAGGCAGAUGUGGAGCAAGGUUCCCACCUUGGUCGCCCAGAUCUCCUGCCCAGGACCCUGCCAGUAGACGAAGCCAACAGCGACUCCAUUGCAACCACCCUGUCCACGUCCUCCCUGGGCAGCGGAGGCCUCAACUCGCCUGCCAACAGGUCAGUGGGCGUGCAAGUGCAUAAAGCUGACAGCUCAGCAAAGGAUUUGACUAGAACAGCUCCUGGCAUCUUCCUGUCUAGUGGCUCCCCAGGACCCUCCCUCCCUGAGCACUCUGCAGAGCUGAGAGAGCAGCUGGAAGACCUGCAAGAGACAGAGAUCAGCUUUUGAGGCAAGACCGAGGCCGCCGCCACGGCAGCGGGUUGUCCGUGCUCUGUGCAGUCUGACAAACAUUCAGCCCCUGUUGCUGCUUUCUUUGGAGUUUUAUUUUUGUUUAUUUUUUUAAAAACCAAUCUUAUCUGGGCAGAAACCUAAAAGCUGGGAGGCUGGGCUGUGCUCAGGGGGAGUGUCAACAAAGACUCACCGGCACAGCCGAGCUUCAGGCACCCAAAGCCUCCCUCAGAGUUGGCCCCGCUGUCCUCCCUCCUCUGCAGCCUGACAGGGGCAAAGCCAGGAGGAGGAACUGGAGGGCUCUGGAGAAGGGAUCUGCCUGGCAGGGAGCUGGCUGCUGGCAGUGGUGGCACCACAGAGCUGGUGAGAAGGGGCCGGCUGGCAGAGCAGUUCGUGGCAGAGCAACGUGGGUUUAGUUGUUGUUCUCAGCAAGUUUUGCAUGUAAAGGUUUCUCUGGAUUCAG